AUGGUGGAAAAGAGGAAUGUUCUUCUGGAAAAUGAGUUUUAUUUGAAUAAAGUAUUGUAUAAAAAUUAAAAAGACAUCAUAAAAAAUAAAUGUAGAUGGAUUUUGCCCUCAUCCCCACAGGGGAUUUUUGCUUUUUCGGCAGUUUUCCAAAAUCUCAAGGAUUUUGAAAGCAAAAUCUAAAAAAAGUAUCGAAAAGUAAAGAAAAUUGCUUGAAUACAUAAAAUCAUUUCAGGACAAGGUCAAGCGUGACAUCCUGGUGAUCUGGCUCCUGGAAGUUCAGCUCAGCGAACUUGCUGAACUCCGGAGAUCAGCGUCGAAACAAGAUCAAGAAGGUCCAACUUCCCCAAUUGGCCACAAAGAACAACUUGCCAAGAAGUUGCGAGAAGAAUUGUUCUGCUUUUUGAAUAGAACCGUGGUUUAUGAAUGCGUGUUGGACAACAGAGCAGCGGUUUAUCGACUAAUUUCGACUCAUGUCGACUUUGACACCUACUUGUUUUUGGCCAAUAAGUUGAAAGGUAAGGGAUGGAGAUGAUAUUUGUGGAUGUUUAUGGGAAGCUGGAGAUGCUGAGGCUUUAUUUUGACGAUGAGGAUUGUUGGUUUGCCGAUUUUUGUGAUUCUGUGGGCAUUUUUUGAUGUUAUACUUUAUUGAGGUAGUGUAAGGUAAAAAAUGGAAAUUUGAAAGGUUUUGGGAGAGUUUAGGGUAGUGUAAAUUGAUGGUAUAUGAGGUUGAAUACUUGGUAAUUUAGAUGGAGAUAUUGUUUCUUACUUUGGCACACCUGUUUUGCCGAUUUUACAUCAAUUUAGCUAGGGUAAUAUCAAAAUUUUUAGUUUUUGAAAUUUUUUUGAUAUUACUCGAUGUAAAGGGGUUUAAAAAGAUGAUUUAUGGUCUCUAUAGAGAUCUGAGGUUAUUUUUACAAUACAUAAAGUUGGAUUUUGUAUAGAUUUUGAUUAAUUUUUGGAGUUUUUUAGACCAUGAAGUUGUCGUCAAAGUCCACCUUCUUCAAGGCGAAUUUGAAGCCGCUUUGGAGGUUGCGGCCUCCCAACCAACCCCUCAACUCCUCUACAAAUACGCACAGGACUUCUUCGACAAUCUCCCAAAAUUGUUUUUGAAGACACUAAUCGAACAAAAGGAGAAUAUUCGCCCGAAUCAAGUGAUCACCGCAUUUUUCAAUUGCUCACAGUCCCCGGAAAAGGCAAGAAAAGCUUGAAUUUUUGGUAUUUAUUUGUUGAAUUUAGGUUGCCACAGCAUUUGCGUAUCUUAAUUUUGUGGUGAACGAGGGAAAAGCAGACCGAACGACCUUGGAUUUCCUGAUCAAGCUCUUGGCCGAGUAUAAACCAAAACAACUGCUGGAAAACUUGAAAAAGUUUGGGAAAUCCCGCGAAUUCGUCAAGUACGAUGUGGAACGAGCGUUGAGAUUGUGUCUGGAGAAAAGUGAGGGCAACUUUUUUUAUUGUUUUGUGGUUUUAGACAAGUUUUUUUAAAAUUUUCCGUCAGAAAAGAUGACUUUUUAAAGUUUUGUUCAGAAAGUUUGAGUAAUCUUUCUUUUUGACUUGAAAUUAGUACCAAUGUGACUGAUAGACUAGACUGAGCUAGUAUUUAUCACGAUUUACCAAUAUUUUAUUAUAAUUUUGGAUUUCUGAUGUUAUACUUGGUCUAACAAAAGGUCUAAAAAUAUGUUGUGACAAGUGUAAUUUUGCAGAACUCGAUGAAUGUGCAGUAUUUCUGUACUGUCUAGAAGGCCUUUAUGAAGAUGCGGUGGAGAAAGCACUAAGUGUAAGUUGGUUAUGACAAUUUUUUUAUAUUGUAGUAAGCUGAUAUUUGAAGUGGUAUAAGUUUAUUGAUCGUGCAUUUUUUGAAUAUUGUGGUGUUUCAUAAUGAUGUGUGGAGCAUAGUUUUCUAUUUUAUUCAAAAAUUUUUGCGAUUUUGACGGUUUUUGUACUUGGCGAGCUGCGCCCAGGCAAAGUCAUUUUUUGUGGUUUAUUCCAAAAUUAUUGAUGAAACAGUUAAGGGUUCAGACUCCGCCCCUUUACUCGAUCUUGAAACUAGGUCAACGGCCCGAUCGAGGCGAAUGCCCGAUCGGUUGGCCAGUCGAUGUGACCGAGAGGUUAGAGUGAGGGGACCCUCGGAUCGCAUAUCUAGGCCCUCCGACAGGAUGGGGCCGAGGGGCACUCCGUGGUUUUGGGGUUUUUAUGUUUAUUAUUGUAUUUUGCAUUUUGGUAUAUCUAAUAAAGACCUAAGGAGUAUGUCGGAAUUAGACGAUCCAGAACCGGCCACGCCGCCAAAUAAAACUGGUAGCUCAGAGUGGUUCCGUCUAUUCCACAUCGCAACUCUAGGUAACCCAGCCCGGUUGGAAGAUGACUAGGUUGCGAGGUCUUCAGUUAGUCUUCGCGGCUCUCGACCAUUGUCGAGACAGUAGCUGUCCUCAACGGUAGCUCCUCCAGCCACGUAGAGAGCGGGGGGGAUGAGGCCGUUAUUAUAGCCGGCAGUCCGGAAUGCCGGUCUAUGGCGGUUUCUAAAUGGGGCCUCGUUUCGCUAGAUCCCAACCGGUCAUGGGAUGGGUUGUAGGUGUUCAUAUUUCUUAGGUUUAGUUAGAUAUACCUUUAAUUUCUAAAUUUUCUUUAUCCUACGGUAGUGUCCCCGGCCAGCCGCAUCUAGUCGACAAGAUUUCUGUCGGUAUUUGCGACAGAGAGGCGCUGUAAAUUCAGGUACCCUCUGCCCGUAUUAAAAUUGGGUCGCCACUUGGCGAGCCAUUCGCCCGAGUUUACGACAGAGAGGCAGCGCAACAGCAGUUGCCCUCUGCUGGGGUUGUAAAAGACGGUCGCGGCCCGUUAAAUCAUUAAUCCGUAAGGCCAAACACCCACCAGACGGUGAGUUGACCUAUCGGUUGACACGACCACAAGGAAGGCCAAAGAAGAGGAAGGCUCAGGAAAAUGGUCACAUCUAAUCACCAACACCUCGUGGAACGUGACUUCAUAUCAUCAGCUGCCAAGGAAACCAUACCCUCAAGAAACUCCAGGUAAGUCAACUAUUUAUUAAACCCAGUUUGAUAGUAGGUAGCUUGCUGCACAUAGUUGAGCUAUUGAGUUCGUAGGUUUUUCAGGUUCACUGUUGUUUAUUUUUCUGAGUCUAUUCUUUUCUCUUUAGUGUAGUUAGUAUCUAUCAAAAAAAAAAUCCAAAAAAAUUUUACCCGUGUAGUCAUGAAUUCUAAAUUUAAAAUUAAAAUUGAUGAUCCGCUGCCCCCGGUCUUCACGAUCGAGAAAGAGGCAAGCUAUAAGAGCGCCAUCUAUCGGUCCAUUUUUAGAAGGGGCCGACAGUUGGAAUCUCGAGUCGAGCACGGCUUCAGCCGGCUUGGCCAGAAUCAGCAAUCUGGCCAUGAAGAUUUCUGACCUUAUUCGGUGCAGUAAUCUGACCGAAGAUAGUGCGAAAGGACGGACAAGCCCGACGUUACAUCGAGGCUGUUCCCGCUGAACAGCGUGCGACCUUUGAGGACGCCCUGUGUCAGUUUCGAAUACAUGAGCAAUGGUCCGCAUAGCACAGAGAAUUCUAGAUGAUGUGUCUGUCCUGUGUUUCAUAACAAAUGUUGCGUUAAAAAACCGGACGAAGACAAUCAAUUGGAUAAACAAAUCGUUAGUUACCCUUUGGCACAACAACCUCAAGCGUUUCCCGGAACCGUUGCGUUGUAAAAUGUCCAAAAGAGAAAACUCAGGUUUAUAAAUCAAAUGGCCUCAUGGUUUCGCAAGUACAAGCGAUUGCGAGGAGUUUCACCCCCACAAGCCAAACAUGUGUGCUAAUUGAACUUGGAUCCAUUUCUCGCUUGUGUGUCAUAACAGACCAAAGAAAGAAAGUGAAAAUGCCAAAAUUCAGUUCAGUGGUAGAGUUAUUGGAGAAAACUAAAUCUUCAUCCAAGGACCACCAGCUGUUUUCCGUAUAGCUACGUUUAAACCUGAAGAUAUAUGGAAGAAGUCGUUGGAUCAUCGAGGACGAUGAUUUUCCAAAAGCCCCGCAGAAAGGAACGUUGGAAAACUACUCGACCCAUUUCAUCGACAACUGAAUUCAACAGCAAACAUACCAGACCGAUGGUGACCGAGCAAAGCACAACCAGCCAGCCAGUCCACAGUUCAGCGUCAUCAAAGAAGUAUUCAUUGGAACAUUCCGACAACGAUGUCAUUUAUGUUUCUUAUAGAUUGUUACGAUUUAUUUUUGUCUUUCUGCCAAUUUUCCUUGCCCCUAGUCUAUAUAUUUGGGAUAUAAUAAGUGCUCAAGAAAGAGCUCGUCUUGUCACAUAUAAUACCCGUAUAUAUUGCUUGAGGACAAGCAAUUUCUAAAAGGCCCGGAGGAGUUAAGGGUUCAGACUCCGCCCCUUUACUCGAUCUUGAAACUAGGUCAACGGCCCGAUCGAGGCGAAUGCCCGAUCGGUUGGCCAGUCGAUGUGACCGAGAGGUUAGAGUGAGGGGACCCUCGGAUCGCAUAUCUAGGCCCUCCGACAGGAUGGGGCCGAGGGGCACUCCGUGGUUUUGGGGUUUUUAUGUUUAUUAUUGUAUUUUGCAUUUUGGUAUAUCUAAUAAAGACCUAAGGAGUAUGUCGGAAUUAGACGAUCCAGAACCGGCCACGCCGCCAAAUAAAACUAAACCACGAAGGACGGAAAGGUCCGCUGUGCGGAAUGGUCCGCUGCGCGGAAAGGUCCGCUGUGCGGAAAGGUCCGCUAAAAAAGAAAAGAGGAGGGAGGGGAGGGGGAGGUUUUCGAAGGCGCCGAUUUCGAAUAUCGUAUCCAUUUUUUCUGAAUUUUACAAUUUUGCUUAGGCAGUAGUGUUAACUAGUAAUUUUUAAAAAAAUUUUUUGAAUAAUGGAUUUAGACGUAAGUUAUAUUGUACUUGGUGAUUUGAUUUUUAGGUGUGACUAGUCUCGAAAAAAAAUUUUUUAAAAUGUUUUCGCUUCGAGACUUGAAAAAAAGGAUUUUUUGUGAAAUUUGAAAAAAAUUUAAAAUGGUUUCGCUUCGAGACUUGAAAAAAAGGAUUUUUUGUGAAAUUUGAAAAAAAUUUUAAAUGUUUUCGCUUCGAGACUGGGAAAAAAAAGAAUUUUUUGGAAAAUUCAACAAAAUUUUGAAAUCUUUUCGCAUCGGGAGUAGAAAAAAGGGUGUCUGACUGAAUAUUAACUGUGGUGCCGCCAGCACUAAAAUUUUGUCUAAUACCAAUGGUACCACCUGGUACUAUAUAGUACCACGUGUUUUUGGGCUCUACUAAGCACCAAACCAUCAUCAUUACUGCCUUACGGCCAAAUUUUCACUUCUCACUAAACAGUACCAGCUGGUACUAUAUAGUACCAAGUGUUAAAACGUGUUUUUGGGUUCUACUAAGCACCAAACCAACGCCAUUACCGCCUUACGGCCAAAUUUGCACCUCGUACUAAAUAGUACCAGGUAGUACUAUUUAGUACCAAGUGGUAAAAAUGUGUUUUUUAAGCAGUACUAGGCACCAAAACAACACCAUUAACGUCUAAAAGUGUUAUAAGUCGAAAAAAUUUCAAAAAGAAUCCCUAAAGGUAGUAAAGUAACAGAAACCCAGUUUUCAUAUUCGUUCAUACUCAGUCAGCUCGAAAAAAUUUCUAAUUUUAUUCAAAUUUCACAAAAAAUCCUUUUUUCCAAGUCCCGAAGCGAAAACAUUUCAAUUUUUUUUUCGAUUUUCACAAAAAAUCCUUUCUUCCAAGUCCCGAAGCGAAAACAUUUCAAAUUUUAUUCAAAUUUCACAAAAAAAUCCUUUUUUCCCACCCUCUUCUUUUCCUUUUUUUAGCGGACCUUUCCGCAGCGGACCUUUCCGGACAGCGGACCUUUCCGCACAGCGGACCUUUCCGUACUCAAUCUGAUGAAACAAGGUGAGGGAUGGCUAGUAUUGGGAAUUUCAGGAUUUUUUACGGUGGCUGGAGUGGGUAUUUUGGCAAGCUGCGCCCUAUAAUUUUCAUUUUUCUUCAGAUUGACAUCAAAUUGGCGAAAGAAUGCGCGAAAGAGCUGGACACCGACGAAAACCCCGACUUAUUUCUGCUCGGAGGAGAAGUAGACAUCAAUUUUGGAACGCAGAAAGUCAGCAAAGAAACUAAAAAACGGGUCUGGCUCAAAAUUGGUGAGAUUUUUGCCUAAAAUAAUGUAAAUUUUUUUGAUUUUUUCAAAAUUUUUAUUUGGUUUUAGUAAAACACAUGAUCCAGAAUGGCGCGGAGGUCGGGGAAUGCACGGCGAUAUUGAAAGAGUCGGGAAAUGUGCUGAGAAUUCAAGAUAUUUUACCGCUUUUCCCGGAAUUCACAAAAAUCGAACAUUUCAAACAGCCAUUGUGCGAGUUUCUGAAAGAACAUUCGAAACAGAUUAGUGAAUUGCAGAAGGAAAUUCAUCAACGAACGGAAUGUGGGGCUCAACUCAGGUCUCAAACGGAGAAGUCGUCGACAAAGUAAGAUUUUUUAUUUUUUAUUAAUUUUUUGUUUAUUUUUGGAUGAAUUAAAAUUUUUUAUAAAUUUUAAAAAAGAAUUUAAAAAUUUAUUUCGUGUUUUUUUGGAUUUUUGCGAUUUUUUUAUAUUUCAAAUUUAUUUUUGCGAUUUUUUCACAAAUUAAUUUCUCUGAUUUUUCAAUAUUUUUGGGAUUUUUUUUAUUUAAUUUUCAUCUUUUUUUUAUAUUUUUUGCUUUUUUAAUUCAUUUUUUGAUUUUUAUUAACAGAAAUUUCAUAAUUUUUUUUAUUUAUUUUUUUGCGAUAGGUAAAUUAAUUUCAUUGAUUUUUCUAUAUUUUUAGAUUUUUCGUAAUUUGUCAUUUUUUAGGUUUUCGAAUUUUUGAUUUUUUUUUAUUUUUUUUUCGAUUUUAAAUUUUAUUUUUAUCAUUUUUAUUUUUUCAGUAUUUUGGUGGUGAAAAGCGGCGAUAAAUGCGCGAUUUGCUCGGCGAAUCUUCUUCUGGCCCCUUUCUUCGCCUUCAACUGCCGACAUUUUUUCCAUCAGGACUGCCUGAUCGAAUAUUUGGAAGGCAUUUUUACCGAGGUGAGACAUUGAAAAAUUUGACGAAAUUUUUAUUUUUUAAAACAAUUUUUGGCCCUUGGAAUCAAGUCUAGAAGUCUUUUAGUUCUUGAAAAAUUUAAUUCAAGUCUUUUAAGAAGGAGAAAAAGUUGUACAGCAAAAUGAAAGAGCAUGAAAAAUCCCUAAAAACCGAGAUUGCUCUGAAAUCCGGGAAGGAUCGACUGGAAACAGAGCAAACUUUGGCCAAAUUGAGGCAAAAGAUGACGCAGUUUACCUGCCGGGAGUGCCCAUUCUGCAGCCAACAAAGGAUCAUGCAGUAAGUUGGGAGUGCAUUAUAAAAGUAGUUUUAAGAUUGAAAAAGAGAUUUUUUGAAUUUCUUUUUUCGAAAUUUAAUUUGAAAUAAGGGUUUUUGACAUUUUUGGAUCACUUUUUUCAAAAAAUUCUCUAUAACGCGAUUUAUUUCUGCAUAACGCGGAUUGAUUUUUUUGCAGGAUUUGAUGUUAAAAUCGAUUUUCGGCAAUUUCAGAUCAAUUUUUUGUUGAAAUUUAGCAUAAUGCGGAUAUUUCUGUAUAACGCGGUUUGAGAUUUUUGCAGAAUUUGAUGUAAAAAAAUCAUUUUUGGCCAUCUCAGAACAAAUUUUUAUUGAAAUUCCACAUAACGCGAAUGUUUCUCUAUAACGCGAUUUGGGAUUUUUGCAGAUUUUGAGGGUAGAAAUGUGAAUCGAUCGAUUUUAGGAUAUUUUUGAUUUAUUUUUAUCGAUUUCUUUUUCAUUUUUGACUCCUUUUCAGACUCCUCCAAACCCCCCUCAUAUCCGAAGAAGAAUACGAAAAAAUCUCCGCUGACUGGGUACUGUGA